UACAGGAAAUUGCAAUUCAAUUUUUAAUACAGCCAUGGCAGAAAAUAAUAAAAUUCAAUUGGACGACAUACAGAAACAGGUAUUCGAGAAAAUUGCCAAAAAUGAUAAGGACGGUUUCAAGCAGCUGAUAGCUCAAGUUAAAGGAGGAGUCAAUUUCAUCGAUGAAAAUGGAAUGACACCACUGCAACAUGCCUGUUGUAAGGGCAACAAAGAGGCAGUACAAAUUCUAUUGGACAUGGGUGCCGAUGUGGAUUACAGUCAACAUGGAGCCAACUAUACGCCAUUACAUUUCGCCGCCUUAUCCGGUAAUACAGAAAUCUGUUCAAUGCUACUUGAUGCUGGCAUCAACCCCAGUACCCUAAACAGUGUAAAUCGUACUGCUUCCCAGAUGGCGGCCUUUGUCGGCAAUCAUGCCUGUGUUGAAACGAUAAACAAUUACGUUCCCAAAUCAGUGUUGGAAUACUACACAAAACCCCAAGGACUCCAGAAAGAACCCCAUUUGCCACCAUCAGUACUUGAUGCCUUCCACAAAUUUGUUAUCGAAACCAACUUGCAUCCGGUCCGUAUUGUAUUAAAUCUUCAAAACUUCGGCUUGCUGAAACAUUUGCCCGGCUUGAAGAAAGCCUUGGAAUUAAUGUGUGAAAAAGAAAUGAAAAAGCCCUCCGAUGUUAACGAACUAAUGGCAUUUAAAUAUCACUAUUUGCGUUGGAUUGUUUCCGAAUUGAUGCGAUGCGAGGAACAGUGCAAGGCCCAGCGUAAAGACAAACCGGCAACUGAUGACUCCAACAAACAUGACUUUGUUGAGAUUUUCAUUAAACGGGUGCUGAAAGAGAACAAAUUGGGCCAACUGGAUUAUGUCGAGUUCACAAUACGCGAUUGUGUUCGGGAAUUUCCCUUCCGGGAAUGUACAAUCUUCCGUCAGAUUGUUGCUCAACUGCCGGCGAAGGAUGCUCCCCCCGCCUUGACUAUACUACGUACUGCCAUUAAUGGUCAACGCGGCUUUGUCGACGAAAUAUCCUAUUGCAGUUCCUGUGGCAAUGAGAAGCCCGACAAGAAAUGUUCCAAGUGCAAAGCAGUGCAAUAUUGUGAUCGUGAAUGUCAACGUUUACAUUGGUUCAUGCACAAGAAGACUUGUAAUCGUCCCACAUCGACAACACAAGCUGCUACACAAGCCCAGCCCAAGGGUCCCAUCGAUGCUGCCGAACUGCGCGAGGAAUUGGCUCGGAUGACUGCCAGUUAAACCAUAUAUUUACU